GGGAGCGGUGGCUCCUGGAGGGGAAUCUGCUGCAGGACACUCAUGCAGCACAGAGCCGAAGAGAACGGGGCUGCUGAUCAGAGCUGUGAUGGGAUCCAGCUCCUUUCGGAAGCCGUGUGGUCAGCCGAUGAAAUUGCUGAGCUGUGUUACCUGCACUAUAGGACCGGACUCCCUAAGCAGGGGAAGCCAGAUCCGAGCAGGGAGUGGACUUCACUGGCAGCUGUUGUCAAAGUGGAGUCCACGACCCAAAGAGGGGUUCUUGCUAGUCCAGGGGCUCUGCAGGUUACAAAGGAAGUUGUUGCUAUGGGAACAGGAACAAAAUGUAUUGGCCAAAACAAAAUGAGAAAAACAGGAGAUGUUCUGAAUGACAGUCAUGCUGAAAUUGUGGCCAAGAGGAGCUUCCAGAGGUAUCUUCUCCAUCAGAUGUGGCUGGCAGCUUCCCAUCAGCAGUGCAGUAUCUUUAUUCCAGGAACUGAAACUGGGAAAUGGAAACUCAAACCAAAUGUCAUAUUUGUUUUCUUCUCCAGUCAUACCCCAUGUGGAGAUGCUUCUAUUAUUCCAAUGACUGAACCAUCAAACCUAAGUAGGCUAGCAACUGGAGCUGAUGCGGUUGGACAGUUAGCAGAGUGUAGAAGUAACCAUGAUCAUUUGGGUCCAGAAGAUACAAGGAAAUCAAAGAAAAUGGCAAGUGAUCAUAGAGUCAAGAGAAUGAAAACUGACAAUGAUGGUUAUUUUUCCAUAAUCACUGAAGAUGUGGCUGUUCAGCAAGGAUCUGUGGAACGAGAAGUUGACACAGAUCCAGAGAGCUGUGAAGAUUCUGCAGAGAGGCAAACAGCUAAUAAGGAGACUACUUUAGGGAGACCAAAGGUAGCAGAUGUUUAUAGAACUGGAGCAAAAUGCGUGCCUGGAGAGCUGAGUGAUUCCCGAAUACCUGGGCUAGGUUAUCACUCUGUGGGGUUAUUACGAGUGAAGCCAGGUCGUGGGGACAGAACAUGCUCAAUGUCCUGCAGUGAUAAACUGGCUCGCUGGAAUGUAUUAGGAUGUCAAGGAGCUCUUCUGAUGCAUUUCCUGCAGUAUCCAUUGUAUCUGUCAGCAAUUAUAGUGGGGAAGUGUCCCUACAGCCAAGAAGUCAUGCGGAGAGCAAUUAUUGAAAGGUGUCAGCACAUCUCGUGUUUACCAGCUGGUUUUGUCACCCAGGAGGUUAAGCUGCUGCAGUCAAAUCUUCGGUUUGAGCACAGCCGUCAGGCAAUUCAGGAAGCUCAGACUAACAGCAAAACAAAGCUUGUGCCUUGCAGUGCAGCUAUCAGUUGGAGUGCAGUCCCUGAGCAGCCUCUGGAUGUCACCUCAGAUGGCUUCCGGCAGGGAACAACAAAGAAGAUGAUUGGGAGCCAUCAGAGCAGAUCCAAGAUCUGUAAAGUGGAACUCUUCCAUACAUUCCAAAAGCUGGUGAUGAGUAUUCCGCCUGAGGAUCUGCCAGACACUCUCCGGAUGAAGACUCUGGAAACCUACUGGGACUACAAGGAAGCUGCAGUAAAUUAUCAAGAAGCCUGGAAAGUGCUGCGUGGCCAAGCCCUGAUGGGUUGGGUCAAGAAUACCAAGGAAUACCUGUGCUUCACAUGA